AUGGCUGGGAAAUCGAAAAGAGCCGCCAAGGUUGACGAACAUGGUGUUCUGCUAGUGGCUCCUCCAAAAACAAUUUCGAACAAAGAGCACCUUCAGCGUCUAAACUACUUAUUUCACCUGUCGACUUUCCAUACUAUCGUUAAUGACCAAGAUGAGAACAACGCGCUGGCGAGGAUGUAUGCGAAAAACCUUGAUUUAAUCCAAAAGAAAACCAAAAGCUCUCUGGCACCCGGUUUAAAGCGCACAUUGUGCAAAGCCUGCCAAAGAACUUUAAUCCCCAAUAGAACUGUAAGGCUAGGUGUUCUUAACGAUAGUAAGCAGAAAACCCCUGUGAACAGAGUACUAGUCCUUGAAUGCACAUGCGGAAAAACUAAACGAUUCCCUAUUGGGAAGAACCCUAGCUAUCAGGCUCAUGGGGAGAAGGCUAGUAAUUUAUUCUUCUUCCAAAAGUAG